AGGCGUCGACUUACUCACGAAAAAGACGCUAAAGAGCAGCGCUUUUUGAACGAAAAAUUUCCGAUAUCCAGCAGACGAAUGUCUUGCCCUGAUGGCUCUUUUAAAGAACGAUUUGGAGCUUUCUCAAGAACUAGCACGGCGAAAGGGAUGGCGAGAUCCAAGCGGAAAUUACACCUCACGGUGCGAAUGAAAAACUACUUCGAUGCUGAAGCCGACGAAUCACGCGAUUCUUUGCCAAAAAUUAACGAAUCACUGGGAAGAUCUAAUACUGAUGAAAAUCAAUUGCUUUUACUAGUUGGAAAAAAUUUUGAAAAGAAAACACAGAAAUCGCCGUCGCCAAGAGCGUUUGACAUAGAAAAAUCUACGGAUGGAAUUCACCUUGGAUUUCUCGAGUCUAAACUAUCAAGUGUUAUCCCAUCGCCAACUUCGGAAUCAGAGGGUACUGAUAAUCAAGGACAGAAAAAAACAUUGAAUGAUAAAAGCAAGAUCAUCGAAAUCACUUUCGACAACAAACAACAUGAUAUUGCUCCUUCAAAAUUUAUUAAUUUAUCAACCCGAAAUAAUGCCAAAUCGUCAGGAAAAAUAAAACAAAGUAUGGAUAUUGACCUUGUACGUCUGAGCGUGGGUCAAGCGGAAAUGACAAGAGGACCUGAGUCACGAAGGCAGAUAACACAAAGAAAAGGAAGGGCAAGUCCACGGCGAAGAAGAGUCAACUUCACACCAAAUAGCACGAACGGUGAAGCUUCUCAGGAAACGCUUUUAACUACAACCUCGGAGCAAGAUAUAGAUCGCAAGGUCCAGGCUUUCUUAAGAAGCCAGCAGCCAAUGGCGAGCCCAGAGACAUUAAAGGUGAAAGUUUCUAAGAAGUCUAACUCAUUUCUGCCGAAUUACACUCUGCAAGAGAGGCGGUACACGCCCCGAGUUUGUAUUAACACUGAUACGUGUCCAUCAACUUCAAAUCUCAUCAAUCAAGACCGUUCAUGGUACUAUCAAGACAGAACAGGCAAAUGUCGGUAUUUAAGGGUGCCUGAGUCACCGAUUCCACCUGUAGAAUGGAUUUUCCAACACGAAGAUGAAUAA